AUGUUUUCUUCUUGGGGCGACCGCAUGGAUCGCGAAUUUGAUAAUAUGAUGUCUAAACCACGCAAGUAUGUUAAUUCAGUGCCACCACUGUACAAUCCUAGAAGGAUUGCUGAAAGAGCUACUAUGCCAAAACAAUAUGACUCAGAGGAACAAAGAGAUAAGCUCGCACCUCGUUCCAGAUACCCAUUGGAUUCUCAACUCUGGGACAGAAGUCAUCAAUUUGUUGAUGAUUUCUGGGACAAAUUCAGCUCAGGUAGAUACUUUAUCGGAUUUGAUGAAUCCUUGCACACUAGAGAAAAGGAAGACAAGUAUUUAGUGACCUAUAAUGACCCUGGUUUGAAGCAAGAAGAUGUCAAGGUUGAUUUUGAUGAGAAAGAGAAUGAGUUGGUGAUUCAUAUCGAUCACGAAGAUCAGACUGAUACAAGUGCUAGCGCCAAAACUUAUCAAAGCACAAUGAAGUUUGAUAAAUCUAUAAACGUUGAUGAUAUCAAAGCUGAGAUUGAUGACAAUGGAAUUCUGUUGGUUUUGCCAAAGACACAUGCUGAUAACGAACACAUGCAUCAUAUCACUGUGAAGCCAAAAUCAACUUCGUAUUAG